AUGGAGCCCCUAGACCAGAACCGCUGGAUUCCCCUCUCGACAGACCUCAAUUGCUCCUAUACAGCAACUCCCUCACCCUUCCCCUUUUCUUAUCCUCGCCUCUUCAACAUCUCCUCCAACCUGUCCACUCAGAGUGUCCCCUUUCACGGCAGCAGCACUCUGAUGACUGCCGUCAUCUCCCUCACAGUCUUUAUGGUGGGUCUGACAGGCAACACUCUGGCCAUCUAUGUGGUGCUGCGCUAUGCCAACAUGAAGACAGUCACCAACAUCUACAUCCUUAACCUGGCUGUGGCUGACGAGCUCUACAUCAUUGGGCUCCCCUUCCUCACCACGCAGAACGUGCUCUCCUAUUGGCCCUUUGGCUCCUUCCUGUGCCGUGUGGUCAUGACUGCAGACUCUAUGAACCAGUUCACGUCUAUUUUCUGCCUGACGGUCAUGUCCAUCGAUCGUUACCUGGCUGUGGUUCAUCCAAUCCGCAGCACCAAGUGGAGACACCCCCGUGUGGCCAAGGUGGUGAGCGCAGCUGUGUGGGCCGUGUCCUUUGUGGUGGUCCUGCCGGUGGUCAUUUUCUCUGACGUCCAGGAAACAUUUAACUCCUGCAACAUGAUCUGGCCAGAGCCGAAGGAUGUGUGGUCAACAGCCUUCAUUCUUUACACUGCCACGGUGGGCUUCUUUGGACCGCUGCUCAUCAUUUGCCUCUGCUACCUCCUUAUCGUCAUCAAGGUGAAGUCAUCGGGGGCUCGGGCAGGCUUCAGCAAGCGUCGCCGCUCGGAGCGUAAGGUGACGCGGAUGGUGGUGGUGAUUGUGGUGGUGUUUGUGCUGUGCUGGCUGCCAUUCUUCAUCAUCAACAUGGUCAACCUGGUCGUCAUCAUCCCAGAGUCCAGUGCCACGGCUGGCAUCUACUUCUUUGCUGUGAUCCUUUCCUAUGCCAACUCCUGUGCCAACCCGGUGCUCUAUGGCUUCCUGGCAGACAAUUUCAAACAGAGUUUCAGAAAAGUGCUGUGUGUGAAAGCUAUAAGGUGCAAGGCCAACGGGGUUGAUGAUGGCGACCCCAGUGCCCCGCGCACUGAGAAAACCACAGCACACAACUGUGUCCUGCUCUCCCCUUGUAACCAGGUCUACCAUGAUCCCCAAAGCAGCCAGAUCUCUCCUCACCCUCCAGACUCACCUACCUCGCACACAGCAGCAGACCUGCACCGCUCCACCCCUGCCUGUCAGUCUCCCUCCACGUGCCCAGGGAUGGGACCCACCACUACCACGGUAACCUCCACAGCAGCCUCCAUGGUAACCUCCAUGGUAACCCCUGCUGAACCUCCCACCAUCACUGCCCUAACUAGGCCCACCUCCUCUUCCACCAUACCUCCACAGCAGCAGUAGGCAAUAAACUCUGGAUGUCAGGUGUUUUAGGAAAUGAAAAGAGGAGCUGGGGAGGAAAAACAUGAUGUGAAACUAUAGAAGAGGGAGCAGAGGAGUUGGAUUAGCUGAUGAAAAAUGGAAAACAAUGAUGCUUUUCACCAAUUACAAUGUAAAAAUCCAUUUCUUUGAUUAUAUCCUGACUAACACAUGCACCCUCAUUCUACAUGAUUGGCAACUUUAAUGGUCCAUAUCGGUGAAAGAACCUCAUUAAUAUUUUUCAUGUCUCUGCAGGUGUAUCUGCACCUGUAUGAAUUACCCAGCUGUUAACCAAACCCCAGAUUUCUCUCCAUCCAGCCAUCUAAGUGCCUUUUCAGCCACUCCCAGCAAUUAUCACAACUCUUAAAUGGACACAGAAACAUUUACACCUUCCUUCUCUCACUUCCUGUUAGUCUGACACAGAACAUGUUAGAAUGUAUUUCCUUUUAAGAACCAAAAAUGCCAAAGUGGACAUAUUUAAAGCCACUGGAGAAGAUAUCCUGCAGGUACCCAAUAUCAGAAAUGUAUUUUGGUAAAAUGAGCAUCAACGUUCUUUACUGUAAACAUUGUGAUUCAGGCUGAAAAGAUGAAGUUAUUUUCAGAUAGAAAUCCUGCUCUUCUAUAGCUGUAAUUAAACAGCUAAACAGCACAAUGCAUCCAUUCAGUAUCAAGUUUGUUUCUGUAUUAUAGUAAAAGUGCGUUUUCCUGUUUCAAACUCCCACUCACUUCACGUUACUUAAUUUAAAUAGGUAAGUUGUGAUAAAUGAACUUGACAUCUGUAAAGCUUUGUGGAAAAAGUCUGCUUUAAUCGCUUUUAAUAACUUGCUUGCUGUAUGUCAGCUUCUCAGUCAUAGAAAAAGCGACUCUUUGCCUGCUGUAUCCUGCAAACGUGUAGCAAGCUCUGAACACAUAACCUCUGACCUCUUUGUAUAUAUGUCUCUUACUUUUUGUCUUUAUACACUUGUGUGUCAUGUAGGUUUGUGCGUGCAUGUACAUUUGUGGCUGUUUUGCACCUAGGUACUGUAAAUGUGUAUAUAUUUUCUCUCUGCAGAAGCCGUGAUGAUCCAGGGUGUAUAGCAGCAUAUAUUGUUGCCAGAGUUAUUGUAUAAGCGCCUUGUUCACUGCACAGUAGACGCAAUUUCUGAUCAGAGAAGCAGCAUAUGACCUCACCUGGCACAGCCUCUAUUAGCUCUGGCCUCUGAACUGCUCAUAUUGCAACCGUGUCCGCCCUUAAGUUUUUAUCAUGAUAGGACAGUCCUGUGUUGUUUUUGGGACAGCAUGGAGAGGCUUAUACGAUGGCCACGGAAAAUGGAUGGGUGGUAGAUACCUUUUCAAAUCUUACAGUGAGACACCUCAUGUUUCCGGUCAGCCAUACCAACCAAUGAAGGCAACUAUAGCAACAGUAUUUCUGCCUUGUGCUCAUCACUGUUUAACGCUAACAAGUCAAACACAACUAAACAAAGACAAAGAAUUAUAAACCAACUUUAAUAAAUUAGUGACUAUUUGAGCUUCACAGCUUCUCCUU